AUGCCGCUCAGGAAUGCUCAGUUCGCCACGAUGAAGGAGAGACGGGCCGUGGGAAGUGCAGUUGGCAGCCUGAAGAGGUUUGCAGCCGGAUUUGCCCAGCUUGGUCUGGGAGGUGCCGCCAGUGGUGCAGCACUGGCGCUGGAGCGUGAGCGCCAGCGUCAGACGGCUGCCAUCAAGGAGCAGCAGCGUGUGGAGCAGCAGCGGCUGCAGGACCAACAGCGGCUUGUGGAGGAGCAGCGGAUGCGGCAACAAAUGGAACGUGCGCAACAGGCGGCGGCAGCAGCGGCGCAGCAGGCUGCGCGGGAGGCGCAGCAGGCGGCGCGAGAGGCGCAGCAUGCGCAGCAUGCGCAGCAGGCGCAGCAGGCCCAGCAGGCCAAGCCUCCACCUCCCAUAUUGCCACCGACACCCGCGCCCUCCAUACCAGCCAUAGAGGCGGCCACGGUGGCCGCGGCCGAGGAGCGAAGAAAGGCACUGCCUCGGAAGUCCUCCGGGCACAAGAAUGAGCCUGCAGGGCCGACGCAAGUGGCACCAGGGCCAGUUCCAAAGGAACCACCUCCGGAGGCGCCGCUCAUUAACUCUCCCACGGACUUUCCCAUUCUGGGCGGUACAGCAGAGGAUCAAGUGGUCAUGGUGCAGGCCGAAGGCUCCAACAGCUUCUGGGAGCGGCCCAUGCGGCCAGUGAAGGUGCCGCCACACCAGCAGGAUACGAAGGCGGACAAGAAGAAGUCGAAGGAAGAGGAGAGCGAGGCACGGCGGGCUCAAUUGAAGGAGCUUUUGGCAGAGUAUGGCAUCACGAUACAAGAGGAAGCCAUGAUGACUUUCUUGCUCUCCGUAACUAGCUCUUCAGAGAUCUUCGACUAUCUCCAGACGCUGAACGUCUCGGAGCCCGAGCCCGCGCGGCGCUUCAGCGAGGCUUGGGCGGCGAAGACUUUGGAGUGGAAAGAAGCCAAGGCGGAGAAGACCAAGGAGUCGUCCAAGCGGAAGAAUCGUAUGAAGGGCAAGGAGGUGGAUCCCUCCAUGCUUGGCUUCACAGCUGUUCCCCGCGGGCACUAUGAGAGCUGA